CCUGUGUUCCAUCCACUUUCAACUGCACGUCCACGCCACAGCACAGUACGCACACCACGCGGGCGUAGAUAGGGAUGUCGUGGGAGGAGCCCGGCAGCCCGCAGCUGAGCCUGAGCGGCUUCAGCUCCCUCCCCUCCAUCUCCAGCACCGCCGUUCGGCCGGCCCGCCUGCCCUCCCUCUCCCUCAGCAUCGGCACCGGCGGGGAGGACCAGCACCUGGCCGUCAGCAGCGACGACGGCCAGAAGAGCGUCCGGGCGAUGAAGAACAGGGAGUCGGCUCUGCGGUCCAGGGCCAGGAAGAGGGCCUACACGCAGGAGCUCGAGAAGGAGGUCCGCCGGCUCGUCGAGGACAACCUCAAACUCAAGAGACAGUGCAAGCAGCUUCAAUCUGAGAUUGCUGCACUCAACGCCCAGCAGCCAAGCAACAAGCAGGGCAGCCCACACAGGAGAACUUCUUCAACUCAGUUCUAGCAACGCUGCAUCAGGGAUGCUGGAUGCAGGAGGGUUAAUUUUCAUCUACUACGAUCUGAUUAGCACUGGUAGUUGGUUUGGCUUCAAUUAAUUAACUCAGCUGCCCGAUCGAAAUGCCAUCGCGCGGGCUUGCUUGCCUCGGCUGAUCCAUUUCAUCUCAUGUGAAUUUCUCUGCAUGUAUUGUUGUGCGCACUAAUCAGCCUGGAUGCCCGGACCAGAGAGCACAUGCAACCUGCCCGCGAUUAAUUGUGUGGCAGAAUACCUUUAUUAAUAAUAAUGCUGAAUCGCGAUUCAAUUUU